AUGCUAGAAGAAUUCAAGCAGGUAUUCAACCAGUAUUUGGAAAAUUUCAAAAAGACGGAAAACAGGCCACAUUCACACGAAGAAAAGGGAAUGAUGCAAAUAGAAAAAUCAAAUUACAAAGACAUUAUCAUAAAACUUUUCGAAUCACGCACGGAACGAUGGAUGAAAAAUCGGAUAAAUGAGUUGUGUGACAAGAAAAUUUCAAUAAACCGUGAAUUAAUCAAUAAGAAAAACGAAUUGCGCACAGCUGAAGAACGACUUGAAAAGGCUCUUUGUGAAAUGCGAGAAGAAACCACUGAAGAACGUCAAGAACUUUACGAUUGUACUGUGGUUGCGGAGCUCCAUGAACAUAUAUCAAGAGAAGACCGUUUAUUGGCAGUAUUUGAACAAUAUAGUCAGAUGCAACAGGCCAGAUUACAAACUGAACGGGAAAAAAUCGACUUGGAGUGAUCGCGAUGAUCAUACAGAAACUAGACGUGGCAAAGGAAACGGAUCAGCUCGAACAACACUUUAAUGAAACUGUCCAACAGGCAAAAAAUGCAGGAGCUUCAUUGUCAAAUGGAAUGACGCUUGUGAUUGAAUCGAUGCGAGAUAAAACUAGUAAAAAACCAGCAAGCAAUAGAAAUCAUGAAGAGAUUGGCUUGGCUUUUUUGAAGAGCGAAUUAGAUAAUUUGGUGGAAACAACAGAAGGAAUUAUGAAAAGUAAUGGGAUAGAGCUCAUUAUCAAUAAAGAAAUCGAUCAAACAAAGAUUAGAGAGAUUGCUUUGUCUCGUAUGAAAAUCGAAUUGAAUACCUUGGCAGAAGCAGCUGGAGCCAUUUUGAAGAUUAGAAAAAUAAACCUCAUCGAAGAUAGUAUCAAUAAAAAAAUCGCAGAAGAUAUUCUCGGCGAGAUGGACUAUGCCAAAGACUGGUUGGACGAACAUAUGAUCUGUUACAAAGAAGAGAAAGUUUUAUUAGCAACUUUUGGAAAGUUCGAAGACAGAAUAGAUUUUCUUAUUUCAACAACCAAUAGCUUGCAUAAAAUCGAACUACAGAAGAACGUCGCUAGAGUUAUUGAGGAGAGCGAGAUUUUUGUUUUCAAUAACAAGAGAUGGCUCACUAUCAGAAAUGUUUUGGAAUCCUUGCCAAUGGGCUUGUUCAUUUAUGCUUUACUUCUUUUUUGUGCUCAUAAUUUAAUUUCUCAAAUGUAUCUUGUUUGA